AUGUUCACGUCGGCGGUGCAGAACCACAAUGCCAUCGCGUCCACUUCGCCUACAAACAACGCCUACAAGCAGGCCUCGCUCGGGAGUGCUUUUAAUCGCCCUGGGUCUCAGACAUUGUCGGCGCGUCCCGUAGGAAACGGGAUGAAAACCCCUAUUGUGGCAACUACACAGGGGACCAAGAGGACAUCAAAUGGAUUGGUCAAGUCAUUGAGCUCUCAAGAAGAUGAUUUCGAAUACCCCACAGUGAACAUUGUUGGGUCGGAAAAGGAGAAUGAGCUGCCGGCUGCAUUCUACACGUCGUCUCGCAACAACUCGGGCGUCCUAGCCCAGGCUCUGUUUGAUGAGGACGACUUCGAUAGCGACAUAGAUCUCGACGUUGAAGAUCCGGCGACGAAAGGCACUGUCACGUAUCCUACGUUACCGCGCGUUGUCUCUGACGGAUCGGCCGACUCGGGAUACAAUUCAAGAGCGCACACUGCUGACGUAAAACCAGAGUUGGAUAGCAGUCAGCCAGUACCGUGGUCUUCAUCGCCUUUAUCACACUAUAAAACACCACAGAGGCCUGAUCCGCCAAAGUCCAAGCGAAGAACCCUACCAUGGACACAGAACCAGAACCAGGAACCCAUACAGGAGGAAGAGGAGGACGAGGAGACUACGCAUCCUAGGAAAAGAGUGUCCAAGGAGCCCGAUAAGGCGGUGUCGACACCAGCUAAGCAGUCAAAGUCACAAUUUCCUUGGAAUACAACCGCGAGCGCCAUGAAGCAGCAGCAGAAGAAUUUUAGGGAGACCAACAAGGCUCAAGCAAAGGCGAACCAGGGCACUGACGAGGAUAUGAAAGAAGCUAUCAAGAAGAAAAAGAAGAACACCGUUCACAAGAUCUUCCUUAGUGAAGAGCAACAGAACGUGCUAAACCUGGUGGCGGAGUACAAGAAGAGCGUUUUCUUCACUGGGUCUGCUGGUACUGGUAAAUCAGUCUUACUUCGCGAGAUCAUUGCUGCGCUACGACGGAAAUACGCCCGUGAGCCGGAUCGAGUAGCAGUCACAGCAUCCACAGGUCUGGCAGCGUGUAACAUCGGCGGUGUCACUCUACACAGUUUCGCGGGUAUCGGACUUGGCAAGGAGCCUGUAGAAGACUUGGUCAAGAAGAUUAGAAGGAAUGCCAAGGCAAAGCAGCGGUGGUUGCGCACGAAAGUGCUGAUUAUGGAUGAAGUCUCGAUGGUGGAUGGUGAUCUAUUUGACAAGCUAGAGUCAAUUGCGCGGACGAUUCGCAACAACGGCAGGCCAUUCGGUGGUAUCCAGCUUGUUAUCACUGGCGACUUCUUCCAAUUGCCCCCAGUACCAGAGAGUGGACGUCAAGCCAAAUUCGCUUUCGAUGCAGGUACCUGGACUACAAGCAUCGAGCACACAAUUGGUCUACACCACGUCUUCCGUCAGAAGGAUCCGGUCUUCGCGAACAUGCUCAACGAGAUGCGAGAGGGCCGACUGACGCAAGACUCGAUUAAUCGAUUCAAGCAGCUGGAGCGCCCACUACCAAAGGGCGAUGGGAGCGUCGAAGCUACAGAACUCUUCCCCACGCGUACAGAAGUCGAUCGGGCAAACACCACUCGCAUGCAGCAACUCCACGGUAAUACCUUUUUAUUUGAAGCUCGCGAUGGUGGUACGAUCACAAACAAAGAGCAACGGGAUAGGCUGCUGCAGAGCUGCAUGGUACCAGCGCAAAUACAUCUGAAGAAAGGCGCCCAGGUCAUGUUAGUAAAGAACAUGGACGACACUCUAGUGAACGGCUCGCUAGGGAAGAUUACAGGGUUCAUGACUGAGCAAAUGUUCAGCAUCUAUAAGGAGGACGAAGAGGCGUUCCUGGAAGGUGGUCCCUCAGAGGCUGCCAUGAAGACAGAGAUGAUGAAGAGCUCGCUUGGAGUAAACAGCAACCAGGUAUAUCCCGUAGUCCGGUUCGCCAUCGCAGACGGCACAACGCGUGACCUAUUAUGCAAGCGCGAAGACUGGAAGAUUGAGCUGCCGAAUGGCGAAGUGCAAGCAUCGCGUUCUCAGAUCCCGCUCAUUCUGGCGUGGGCGCUCUCCAUCCACAAAGCACAAGGUCAGACUCUAGAGUGUGUGCGUGUCGAUCUUGGCAAGGUCUUCGAAAAGGGUCAGGCGUAUGUUGCACUAUCCCGUGCGACGAGCAUGGCUGGUCUGCAGAUCCUGCGUUUCGACCCCAGGAAGGUCAUUGCACACGAGAAGGUGCGGUCGUUCUAUGCCGGUCUUAGUAGAGCGGAGCAGGUCGAGGGCAAGGUGAAGAGCAAGACCAUUGUAGGCAAGAUGCAGGCUGCGAAGGCGAAGAAGAUAUGA